AUGAAAUAGAUCUAGUCAAAAAAAAAAAAGAAAUAGAUCUAUAGAAGCAAGAACCAAAAGAUACGAUUCGAGACGCCGCCAAGCACCAGAAGGGCGCGUGGGUCGUGAGUCGUGAAGUAUGGCGGACGACGAAUUCGCCGAUGAACUGGAGCCCUUGUUUGAUUACAGUCGCGUUCAGCCCCCCGUCAUUCCCCUCGACGAUGCAGAUGAUGAUGAUGAUAAGGAUGCUGUUCCCCCCAAGAAGGGAAAAGCCUCUCAUGAUCCUGUUGUGCCUGAGAAGAAGAAGACUGACGUGAAGCCGGUGCCGGUGGUGGAUAUUGACGAUGAGGAUGAUUGGUUGCCUCCUCCACCAAAGGUCUCCACUGAUGCACACAAGUCUAUUGAUGAAGAUUCAACACUCAAGAAGUUGAGAUUGAAGAAGCAAGAACUUCAAGAUUUGUUCAAAACUGUUGAGGAGUCUGAAAAAAGUGAAAUCUGUGAUUCACCGAAGUCUUCCAUGGAUGAUACAAGUGAGAAAACAUCAAAACCUGCAGAAAGACCUAAGAUUUUGAUCUCAAUUCAAGACAAGAGCGAAAAGAAGCCAGUUCGUGUGUACAGGGAUGACAAGUUUGAAAGGAUUUUCAAAAUGUAUGCUGAGAAACUGGGAUGUGAUCAAAACAAGAUAGUGUUAUCAUUUGAUGGUGAUAAAAUCAGUCCUUCCGAAACCCCGGAUACCCUUGGGAUGGAAGAUGGUGACAUGAUUGAAGUUCAUGUGAAAUCAAGCUGAUAUAGGGUCUAUCAAUCAGGGAUGCUCAUCCUGGCAUUUUGGAGCCUCUGUUUUUUGUCGUCAAGUGUUUUUAUUGUCAUCAUUGUGUCUCUGUAUUGUAGGAGAAAGCCGAACAUAUUGACAAUAUUUGACCUAAUUGUACAGCAUAUGUUUUUUGGGAACGUUUUAGCUAAAGUUUUUGGUAGAA